AGCCAUGUGAAGCCUUUUCACAAUGUCCUUUUGCAUCCUGUUACAUAUGCCAGCCAGAAUGCUUUUGUGGCUAUUCUGACCCACAAUCCUUUGCGCAGUGGGUAAAUUCUCUACACAUAGCCGACAUUUUUACGAGAGGACCUCCCAACACAUGUUUUUUUGAACACACUCUUCGAUAACCCAGAAGGUGCUCUAUCCUAAGCGAAAGCAUUCUUCUUGACCUGAGUUUUUUGACUGAAAAAAGUGUAGUAAAUAGGAGGGAUGGAGUGUAGGGAGAGCUUUCUACAAUGUCUUAGCUGGGGAUUAAUCUUUAGUGCAGUGGCAUAUUUUAUCAAGCAGACCAAGACUCACACUCCUUAUGGACGCUAUGUGGGCUGUGAUGGACCUCCAGGAAGAACAUGUCCAGCCAAAGUUGCCUGGUUCCUUCAGGAGCUACCUUCUUUCCUGGUGCCUGUGCUCCUAGUCCUAACCACCGACUCCCAGCACAGCCUGGGCAGAAACCUGCUUCUCUGGACCUUCUGUCUGCAUUACUUUCAAAGGACAUUUAUCUACUCCUUGCUUAACAAAGGCCGGCCUUCUCCUCUCUACAUUGUUGUCUCUGCAAUGGUCUUUUGCACAGUCAACGGUUUUCUCCAGGCCCACUACUUGCUCCACUGUGCCACCUACGAUGGUGCCUGGUUGACAGACAUUCGUCUGGGUUUUGGUUUACUUCUGUUUUUCUUAGGUAUGGCUAUAAACAUUCAUAGUGACCACAUUCUGCGAAAUUUGAGAGAGCCAGGAGAAGUUGUUUACAAGAUUCCUAAAGGUGGAAUGUUUGAGUAUGUAUCUGGUGCAAACUUCUUUGGAGAGAUAGUGGAGUGGGUUGGGUACGCCAUUGCGACAUGGUCCAUAUCUACAUUCUCAUUUGCCCUUUUCACUCUAUGCGCCAUUGGACCGCGAGCUUAUCAUCAUCACAGGUAUUACAAAGAAAAGUUUGAUGAGUACCCCAAGACAAGGAGAGCAGUGAUACCUUUCUUCCUAUGAAGAGGAAAAACUGCCUUAUGAAGCAAACCAGAGAGCACUGAUGCAGCCUCAUGUUUUUGCAAAAAAAAAAUGUUUCCCCUUAUCUUGUUUUUGUAGGAAAUUGAAACAUGCAUGUGACCCGUGCACUGUGCUUUUGUUUGGUUAUUAUAGUAAACAUGAAAUUCUAUACCACAAUCCACUUCACCAUCAUAAGGUUUCAUGGUUGUUUAAUGAAGGAGUGAAUAAAAGAUGUGGGGUAUAUAAUAUAUAGGGUGUGGUAUAUAUUACACAUAUAACAUGGUUUGAGCUGCAGUUCCAUUUGACAUUGGACUAAUUGUACCCCACUUGUCUCUAGGUUAGUAUAGGUUAUUAUUACAUGUAUUACAGGUUUAGUAUACUGUACUGUAUUUAUUUUGUAUAUUUAGAUAAUCCUUUAUUUGUCCCGCAGUGGUGAAAUUGCAGUUUGCAAUAACAGCAGGGUACAGUAC